AGGAAAAUAACGUGGUGGAGCGAGAAAAAGAAAAUUAGAGAAGAUUUGCCUUCUAAAAAAAGUACCCAAAAAAAAUUUAAAAAAAUUAAAAAAUUUUAAAAAAUCUAGAGAGAAUAGCUGCAGUGCUAUAAAUAAAGAGAAAAAGAAAGAAAAUUGGACAGAGGCAAAUUUAAGCUCUGAGAAGAGAUUAUAUACGAUUCUUCUCUGAUUAAAACUGAGCAUUUCAGAUCAUUAACAAUCAGUAAUUAACUUAUAAUAUAUAUUUUAUAAUUAGGUUUUCAAUUUUGCUGUAAUUUAGAUUUUUUUUUCUUUUGAGAGUUAGAAGAGAGAGAGAGAGAGCAGUGAACAGAGAUAGAUAUUAUCUGAUUGUUUUUUUUUACUUUGUGUGUUUGUUGCUGUAUUAGUAGAAUUUGGGGGAAAUUGAAGUAAAACUUAGGUUUAAUUCAAUUCGAGAGGGAUUUGCGAUUAAAAUAAUAUUUAGGAAUUGAUGUUGUUAGAUUGCGGUGGAUUGUGUCGGCGGAUUGGGCGGCGCGGGGGAUGGCAGUCUGGAAAAGUAGAGAACGGAGCUUGAAUGACUUGUACAAUGCGACGGAGGUGAUUCGGAAACCUAAGAUCACAUCAGUGUUGAGUGGGAGCUAUCCUAUGCAAGGACCAUCAGUAGUUGUAGAAGAUACUGAACGAGAUAUUGAGAAGGACACGUUACCAUCGCAGUUCGAGAAGAGAAUAGGCAAGCGUUCCAUGAGACGCAAGGUUCAUACAAGAGUCGAGUCUGGGACCUGUAACGUGUGUUCCACUCCUUGUUCAUCUUGUAUGCAUUUUAAGUUAGCCUGUAUGGGGUCAAAGGAUGAUGGAUACUCGGAUGAAAUCUGCCGUGCAACUGUUACAAGCCAGAAUUCUAUUAAUGAGGAUGGUGUUUUACCUUUCAGAAAUAGAGCAGGUGACCGCUUGCAGCGUACCACUAAUGAAGCAAGUAAUCUGAUCAGUGCCAAUUCGAUUCAUGAUUCUUUGUCUGAGAAUGCAGAAAGUAAGGCAACGAUUAGGUGUUCGGAUACUGUUGAUGCCUCGGUUGAUUCUGAGAUGCUUCCGAAAUUUCCUGUAAGUGAAAAUAUUGCCGUGGAUCAACUAUCUGCCAAACCACAGUGCAUGGCAGAUCAUAAAACUUUGGAAAAUGAGCCUUCCAAGGUUGUGGAAGGCCAUGAUGACAACAUAUCAUGUGUAAGUAGAGCAAAUGAUGCCAGUAUAUCAGUAAAUUUUCAUAACAAGAAUGUAGACAGGAAUAAUUUAUCUUGUACUUCAGUUUUAGCUAGUAGUUUAAGACCUGAAGGAUCUGGAAAGGCACUGAUCUCUCCCAAGUUAGAGUUAUCGGAUACUCCUUCAGAUGAUGCAGAUGUCGGCAGUAGUUUAGCAAAGGUACGAAGCAGGUGCCAGUCCUCCACCAAAGAUGUUAUACAUAUGGAAGAAGAUGUGAAGAUAGAUAAUUUGAAGGUUUCAAGUCAAAUCUAUCCGAAGAUAGAAGUAGAAGCCAAAAAAGAUAAUGAAGAUGAACAAGACGAAAAAUUUAUAUGUGCCAACCAAGUUGAACAAGAUGAGAAGUCCAUUGAUUCAGCUGAAGUACCUGAUAUGAAAGAGAAUGAUUCGCGAUCUGUAUCAGGGAAUGAGAGCGACGAGUCAGAAAUAGUGGAGCAUGAUGUAAAAGUGUGUGAUAUUUGCGGGGAUGCUGGCAGGGAGGAUUUGCUUGCUAUAUGUAGCAAGUGCACUGAUGGUGCAGAACAUACCUAUUGCAUGCGAGAUAUGCUUCACAAACUUCCUGAAGGUGAUUGGCUGUGUGAAGAAUGUAAGUUAGCUGAGGAAACUGAAAAACAAAAGCAAGGUUCAGAUGCUGAGGGAAAAAGAAUGAACAAAGAGAGCAGACAAAGCUCUUUGAAAAGACCUGCAGAAACUACAGAUGUCACUUCAACAUCAAAAAGGCAGGCUGUUGAAACAAGUUUUGGAUUACCAAAAUCCUCCAGCCCCACCAGAACAGGUGCAUUGUCUCGGGAUAAUUCAUUCAAGGGUUGGGAUAAAGGGAAAGCAAAGGUAGCUCAUCAAACUUCUUUGGCUAAUAACUCCAAUAUGGACAUAUUGGACAAUGCACGCUCUUCUAUUGGUCCACGAGUUCAAACAUCCAAAAGUACUUUACUGAAGUCCAAUUCCUUCAGCACCUUCAAUUCCAAACCAAAAGUGAAGCUUGUCGACGUGGUUCCUCAAAAGCAGAAGGGUAGCAGAGAUCUUGAUGUGAAGGAAGGACCUGCUAGGAUGAUAAGCAAAUCUAUGUCAUUUAGAUCAGUGAACGUGGGGCGUUCCAAUGCUUUUGAGUCAAAAGCUAAAAUGGUUUCAUCAAAAUCUUGUCAAACUCAAGAUAUGAAAGGAAUAAAACAAGUGAAAGAACGAAAUGCAUUUGAGAAUAAAAGUUUGUGUAAAUCAGAUCGUCCUCCUGGUAGUUCAUUGUCCACUAGUUCCAAUGCCUAUGUACCCAAGGUCAAUCAAAAGCCCACACCUCGUGGUGAAGGAGUCUUGUUAUCAUCUGCAGGUAACAAUAGAGAUUCAAAGGGUUCACUGUCUGAUCCAAAAUCAGGUAGCUUAUUGAGAUCAAGCAGCAGCUUAGCUCGUAAAGGUGCAGAAGUAUCUGCUAGUUCUGGUCGAUCUUUAUUGACAAACGGAAUAGGCAAUACGUCUGUUGAACAAAAGUUAAAUCAAGUUAGCCCAAAGGAAGAACCUUCUUCUAGUUCUUCUUGGAUUGCUGAGCGACCAAUCAAUGAUGUUGAUGAACAUUUGCAAGAAUGUUAUUCUCGCUCACGUGAAUCAUCAAGCCAAAGUGAGAAAACCAGAGAAGUUUCUCGCGCCAGGUCUGGUCUUGCGGCUGGACCGAAAAAUGUCAUGUGCCACAAGUGCAAGGAAAUUGGGCAUGUGGCAGAAUUUUGCUCAGUUAGUUCUCGGACAUCUAGUGCUGAUGCAUCUGCUGCAAGAAUUGCUCGGGAGGAUGUGAACAAAAGUAGCAAGUUGAAAGCUGCAAUUGAGGCUGCUAUGCUUAAGAAGCCAGGAAUAUUCAGAAAGAAAAAGGAAAGCGAUCAAUCUGAUGGAUUAUCUUCAUCAAAUGUAGACGUGACUUCUGAUCUAGCUUCUCAUGACCAGUCUCAUGAUCUAUUUACAGUUUCAAAUCGGACGAGGAUUAAUGUUUCUGAUGAAGGACGAGAUGAAGGGCAAACAAAAUUUGGUUGUAGUUCUUCGGAGACUAGCAAACAGAUAAAUAGCAAUAUUGUGGUCUCUGUUGUUGGAAAAGCUGAUCAUGCAUUGACAGCAAAGCCUCUUAGUCCAAUGAUAUUAUCAAUUCCAGAGCAUGAUUAUAUCUGGCAGGGGGCCUUAGAAGUGCGUAGGGGUGGAAAAUUCAUAGACUCAUACAGUGGAAUUCAAGCGCAUUUAUCGACUUGUGCUUCGCCUAAAGUUCUUGAAAUGGCGAACCAGUUUCCCCUCAAAAUUUCUGUGGAUGAAGUGCCCCGCUUAAGCACAUGGCCUAGACAGUUUCAUGAGAAUGGGGCAAAAGAAGAUAAUAUUGCUGUCUAUUUCUUUGCUAGUGAUCUUGAAAGCUAUGAGAGGAACUACAAGAACCUGUUGGAUUACAUGAUUAAAAAGGAUUUUGCGCUCAAAGCAUCUUUUGACGAUGUUGAAUUUUUGAUUUUUCCAUCCACUCAGCUUCCUGAGAACUCCCAGCGUUGGAAUAUGUUAAAUUUCCUAUGGGGUGUAUUUCGCGGAAGGAGAUCCAGUUGUUCGGAUUCGAUGAAGAAGUCUAUCAUUCCUAGUUCUAAUGCGGUGCCCAUGGAUAUAAAUAUUCCGGACAAGUCAUUAACUGUUCUAAACAGGGACCGUGAUAACGAAGUAUAUAGCUCUCAAACAGAUUCGCAUCAGCAAAAUGAUAGACUCAACCCCAAAUCCUUGCUGAAGAAUGCAAAAAACAGCGCACUUUGCUCUGAAAUUGGGCAUCCCAGUUUGUCGCAGGAAGAAGUUGCUCUUCCAGAGUGCAUUCUAGAUACUGAUAAACCAUCUAUUCAGACAGCUGGAACCGACAGUGAUUUUAAUAGCAGGGAGGAGAUUAGUAAAGAUGUUGAUACUUUUCGGCUCAGCGGAGACUCGUCAUGUGUUGAGGUUUUCCAUACUGGUAAACAAGAUGAUGUGAAGGGGAUCAUUGAUGAGGAGAGAAUGGUGGAUAGAAUGGACAUUGAUAGAGAUGAAGUUAGAGUUGAAACAAACCUGAAUGAAUAUCCUCCUAGUAUGGAUGAAGAAGCUUCUGCAGGGAGAGAUGAAACAGGUAAAGGGCUCGACUGCUGGCAGUCAAAUAGCCGGAAAAGGUCUCACCUUGAUCUUUCAGAGGAAGCUCCUCUAAUGUCUGGUAGCACAAACAAAAAAAUUCCAUGGGUUGACAUCAAUGAUACAAUAGUAGAUGGGGACAGUAUUAGCAAGAAGCCAAAGACCGUUUUUCAUGAAGAAUAUUGGGAUAGCAGCAAAAGAGAUAGGACUUCUUUGAGCGACGGUUUUACUUCACAGAUAUGUGAUUUGGGUUCCAGCUCCUCAGUUGAACGGAGAGGGAGAAGCUGUGAAGAACCUGCUGAUGAGAAAGUUAUCCAUGAGGACCUGGGAUCGGCUGAAAGGUAUUUUUUUCCUGUGGAAUCACGUCGUGUAAAAGAUAUACGAAUGGGUGGCAAUUCCAUGCCGUGGAAAGAUUACUCAUUAAAUGAUGAGAAUCAAUUCCAUGAUCUGGUACCAAAUCUUGAGCUUGCAUUAGGGGCUGAAACAAAACACCAAAAUAAAGGAAUCAUGCCUUUCUUGGUUGGAAUUGUAGAGAGAAAUAAUCCCCAGGACAAGAUACCGGAGAACGUUACAGAAAAGGAAGAGGAGGAUGUCUCCGGUUCCCUUUCCCUUUCUCUUUCUUUUCCAUUCCCAGACUCGGAACAAACUGUUAAACCUGUUUCAAAAACGGAGCAGCUCCUGCCCGAAAGGCACCAUGUGAAUACUUCACUGCUCCUUUUUGGGGGAUUUGCAGAUAAAUAAGCCCAUGGUGGCUCACAGUUUGUAUAGUUUUGUGAACCACAUGGAUGUGGUGAAUGUACCUGAUCAUGUAAAAUGAUCUUCCAUGGGCUUUAUAGGGGAAAGAAGUCUGUUUCCAUCUGUUCAUAACCCCACACAGGAUUUACUAAUAAUUUUUCUUUCUGUUUUCUUAAACGUUAAUCUUUUCCUUUUUUGGAUUGCAUAGUCACGGCUGUUUGUAUAUAAAGAGAACUUGAGCCGCGUAAAAUGCCAUGAGAUAUUUGCAGACCA